AUGGAGCACGCGUGCGCCAUCAGCCCCCCGACCCGUGUGUUGUCUGGUCCCCGGCAGCAGCUGUCUGAGGUCCCGAUGCCUGGAGACCUGCCUCCCAGUGCCCCAACUGUCCCCGCCGUGGACACGAGUCACGAGGGGCCCAGCGCCCACCUGCCCCGUUGUCCGAGCUCGGGCCCCUCUGUGCCAAGGGCCAUGCAGCACCCGGGAACCUUCCGCCCCAUGCUGGCGCCUCCUCCCCCACCCUGCAGCCCAGCUGUUUCCGUGAGGACCCGAGAAAAAGCCGGCCGGGAUGUCCAGGGUGACCGGGGAUGCGAGGAGCCGUGUCUGAGUGAUGAAUCGUGUGCUCUUUGCCCCAAGCGGGCAGCAGGCACGGAGCUCGAGGAGACAAGCAACCAGAACUGCAAAGUGCACCCCUUGGGCGCCUGGACGGAUGUCCUGGCCGCCUGCGAGUGCUCAGGGCCGAGUCGGGGUUACCCUGUGCCUGGAGACCCAGGCCACACGCUCGAGGUGGGCCCCCAGCCCCCAGCCGCCAUCCACCCAGCCAGGUGCGCCUUGCAUGACCCAGGUGCCUGGAAGACGCCUGAGCUCCUGCUGGCACCAGAGAAAAUCAAAUUGAUGCGAGCACGUAACGAGAAACAGCCCGAGUGCUCGCGGAGCCGGCGUGGCCGCCCUGGCUGGGGCGACGCGCCCGUGACUGUGCAGACCCAGGGCCGCCCGGGGCCGGGCCAGGUGUCCGCCGGCAAGCCCGCCGAGGCGUUCUCCUGCCUUUGGGGCAUUCUGGAGAGGAGACCGAGCCGCAGCCCACUCAGCCGGGGGCCUCCUGCUCCCACCCGGCCUCAGGAGGCAGAGAGGCGUGGCACCCGGGCCAGGCGCUUGGCUUCCAGCGACGGCGACGCUGUGAACAGCAUGUGCGAGGCCGACCCGGACCUGCUGGCCGGCGAGAGCGCCGGGGACGAGACCGAGGACAGCAUCAUGUCCCCCAUCCCCGUGGGGCCGCCGUCCCCCUUCCCCACCAGCGAGGACUUCACCCCCAAGGAGGGCUCGCCCUACGAGGCCCCCGUCUACAUUCCGGACGACAUCCCCAUCCCUCCGGACUUCGAGCUCCGGGAGUCCUCCAUCCCGGGCGCCGGCCUGGGCAUCUGGGCCAAGAAGAAGGUGGAGAUGGGGGAGCGGCUCGGCCCGUGCACGGCGGCCCCGAGGGCCUCGCUGAAGGAGGCCGGCUUCGGAUGGGAGCAGAUGCUGAUGGACCCGGAGGUGCCGGCGCAGGAGAGCUGCAUCAAGAAGAUCUCCGAGGACCUGGGCAGCGAGAAGUUCUGCGUGGACGUGCAGCAGGCGGGGGCGGGCAGCUGGCUCAAGUACAUCCGGGUGGCCUGCUCCUGUGAUGCCCAGAACCUCACCAUGUGCCAGGUCAACGAGCAGAUUUACUACAAGGUCGUCAAGGACAUCGAGCCGGGGGAGGAGCUGCUGCUGCACGUGCGGGACGCCGCCUACGCCCUGGGGCCAGUGAGGAAUGGGCUGAAUGAGGAGCCCACCUUCCCCUGCGACGUGUGCGACGAGCUCUUCCAGUCCAAGCUGGACCUGCGGCGCCACAAGAAGUACGCGUGCGGCUCCGUGGGGGCCGUGCUCUACCAGGGCCUGGGCGAGGGGCUCAAAGCCGAGGGCCUGGGCAGCGGGGGCAGCGAUGGGCAGGCCCACGAGUGCAAGGACUGCGAGCGGAUGUUCCCCAACAAGUACAGCCUGGAGCAGCACAUGAUCGUGCACACCGAGGAGCGGGAGUACAAGUGCGACCAGUGCCCCAAGGCCUUCAACUGGAAGUCCAACCUCAUCCGCCACCAGAUGUCCCACGACAGCGGCAAGCGCUUCGAGUGCGAGAACUGCGUGAAGGUGUUCACCGACCCCAGCAACCUGCAGCGGCACAUCCGCUCGCAGCACGUGGGCGCGCGGGCGCACGCCUGCCCCGACUGCGGGAAGACCUUCGCCACGUCCUCGGGCAAGCAGCACAAGCACAUCCACAGCACGGUCAAGCCCUUCAUCUGUGAGGUCUGCCACAAGUCCUACACGCAGUUCUCCAACCUGUGCCGGCACAAGCGGAUGCACGCGGACUGCCGCACGCAGAUCAAGUGCAAGGACUGCGGCCAGAUGUUCAGCACUACCUCCUCCCUCAACAAGCACCGGCGCUUCUGCGAGGGCAAGAGCCACUACACGCCCGGCGGCCUCUUCGCCCGGGCCUGCCCUGGCCCCCGGCCCAUGAUGGACAAGGCCAAGCCCUCCCCCGCCCUCAACCACAGCGGCCUGAGCUUCGGAGAGUUCUUCCCCUCCAGGCCGCACCCCGGGGGCCUGCCCUUCUCGGCGGGGCCCCCCACCUUCCCCGCGCUCACGCGCUUCCCCGGCAUCUUCCCCCCGUCCCUGUACCCCCGGCCGCCCUUGCUACCUCCCACGCCGCUGCUCAAGAGCCCCCUGAACCACACCCAGGACGCCAAGCUGCCCAGCCCCCUGGGGAACCCCGCCCUGCCCCUCGUGUCCGCCGUGGGCGGCAGCGGCCAGGGCGGCACGGCGGCCGAGGACAAGCUCGAGGGCCGGCUGGAGGACGCGUACGCCGAGAAGCUCAAGACGCGGAGCAGCGACCUGUCGGACGGCAGCGACUUCGAGGACCUGAACACCACGACGGGCACCGACCUGGACACCACCACGGGGACGGGCUCGGACCUGGACAGCGACGUGGACAGUGACCGCGACAAGGCCAAGGGCAAGGGCAAGGCGGCCGAGGGCAAGGCCGAGUUUGGGGGGGGCGCGGCGCCCCCGGGGGCCCCCGGCAGCGUGGGCGACGUCCCGGUCUUCUACUCCCAGCAGUCCUUCUUCCCGCCGCCCGACGAGCAGCUGCUGGCGGCCUCGGGCGCGGCGGGCGACUCCAUCAAGGCCAUCGCGUCCAUCGCCGAGAAGUACUUCGGGCCCGGCUUCAUGGGCAUGCAGGAGAAGAAGCUGGGCGCCCUGCCCUACCACUCCGUGUUCCCCUUCCAGUUCCUGCCCAGCUUCCCGCACUCCCUGUGCCCCUUCACGGACCGCGCCCUCGCCCACAACCUGCUGGUCAAGGCCGAGCCAAAGUCGCCCCGGGACGCCCUCAAGGCGGGGGGGCCCAGCGCCGAGUCCCCCUUCGACCUCACCACCAAGCCGAAGGAGGCGAAGCCCGUGCUGCCCGCGCCCAAGCCCCCCUCGGCGCCCGCGCCCGGCGAGGAGCAGCCGCUGGACCUGAGCAUCGGCAGCCGCGCCCGCGCCAGCCAGAACGGGGGCGCCCGGGAGCCCCGCAAGAACCACAUCUAUGGGGAGCGCAGGCUGGGGGCUGGCGAGGGGCUGCCCAAGGUGUGCCCGGGCCAGCUGCCCCAGCAGCCCCCCCUGCACUACGCCAAGCCCUCGCCCUUCUUCAUGGACCCCAUCUACAGCAGGGUGGAGAAGCGGAAGGUGGCCGACCCCGUGGGCGUCCUGAAGGAGAAGUACCUGCGGCCGUCGCCGCUGCUCUUCCACCCGCAGAUGUCGGCCAUCGAGACCAUGACGGAGAAGCUGGAGAGCUUCGCGGCCAUGAAGGCGGACACGAGCAGCUCCCUGCAGCCCCUCCCCCACCACCCCUUCAACUUCCGGUCCCCGCCCCCGACGCUCUCAGACCCCAUCCUCAGGAAGGGCAAGGAGCGGUACACCUGCAGGUACUGUGGUAAGAUCUUCCCCAGAUCAGCCAACCUCACGAGACACCUGAGGACGCACACGGGGGAGCAGCCUUACAGGUGCAAGUACUGCGACCGCUCCUUCAGCAUCUCCUCCAACCUCCAGAGGCACGUGCGGAACAUCCACAACAAGGAGAAGCCCUUCAAGUGCCGCCUGUGCCACCGCUGCUUCGGGCAGCAGACCAACCUGGACCGGCACCUCAAGAAGCACGAGCACGAGCACGAGCACGCGCCAGUGAGCCAGCACCCCGUGCUCACCAACCACCUGGGCACCGGCGCCUCGUCGCCGACCUCGGAGCCGGACCAGCACGCGCUCCUGGACGAGAAGGAGGACGCGUACUUCUCGGAGAUCAGGAACUUCAUCGCCAACAGCGAGCUGGGCCCGGCGGCCGCGCGCCCCGACCCGCGGCCAGAGGCCCAGGGCCUGGACAGCAGCGCACAGUGUCCGGGCCUGGCAGGCGGGAAGCCGGAGGACGCGGAGGACGAGGAUGAGGACGAGGACGAGGACGAGGACAGCCUGGCCGGGAAGUCCCAGGAGGACGCCGCGUCCCCCGCGCCAGAACCCCAGGGGGCCUACGAGGAUGAGGAGGACGAGGAGCCGCCCGCCGGCCUGGCCGUGGGCUUCGACCACACCCGCAGGUGUAUUGAGGACCAAGCGGGCGGCCUGUUGGCUUUGGAGCCGAUGCCGACUUUUGGGAAGGGGCUGGACCUCCGCAGAGCAGCUGAGGAAGCGUGUGGAGUUAAGGAUGUGCUUAAUGCCACCUUAGAUUCUGAGGCUUUAAAACAGACCCUGUACAGGCAGGCUAAGAACCAGGCGUACGCAAUGAUGCUGUCCCUGUCCGAGGACGCGCCUCUCCGCACCGCCUCCCAGAGCCCUCUGGACGCUUGGUUGAACAUCACGGGAGCCGCCCCCGAGUCCGGAGCCUUUAACCCCAUCAACCACCUCUGACGACCCAGAGGGGUGGGGUCAGA